CAUCAAUAAUGGCGAGGAAUAAUAUUUCAUUUAUUUGUUUUAUUACUUGAGGUUCUGCCACACAUAUAUUGUAAUAUAUAACUAAACUUAUUCUCUUUUAAAGUAAAAAAAAAAAAAGAUUAGACAACAGUCACAUUCUCUUUCAAAUUCGUAUAUAUACUUUACAUGGAAUGCAGGAAAAGAAACCCAAUUCUAUACCUUUAUUCUGUUACACACAGGUGUUACAUCCUUAGAUAUUGUGUUUAAAUCACGAUAUAAUCAAAUACUGCUUCUGCUCUAAUGCCCAGUACACUGCCUAAACACAGAGCAUAAUUAAAAGCAAAAAAGAAAAUCAUCUUAAUUUUAAGGUAACCCUUUUUUGUUCUUUCUAUGAAACAAUUGCAAUUGAUAAUAUUCUUUUCUUCUCCAUGCAAAACAAAACAAACCCUACAUAUUCCUUUAACGCUCACAUUCUUUAUUAUUUAAAUUAACGCUUCUGUUCAUUGCAACUUCACCACAAAACUCUUCCCUCCACUUUGACAAUGUACACCUCCGACAGGUUACCCGUUCGUCAAUCUGGUCCCAGCCAGAACCCGAACCCAACCAUUAAGCGCCACCACACCGCCCGCUACUAUGCCCAUCGGGUCCAUGAGAGCCUCACAACCCGUGUCUCCAAGAUUAUUUGUGCCACUUUCUUGAUCCUUCUUUUCCUCGUUGGCCUUGUUCUUUUCAUUUUAUGGCUCAGUUUACGACCCCAUCGUCCUCGGGUCUUUUUAACAGAUUUUUCGAUCCCGGGUUUGGGUCAACCAAACGGGUUUGAGAAUGCUCAGGUUAUUUUCAACGUAACGGUCCGGAAUUCAAACCAACAUAUUGGGUUUUAUUACGGUAAAGUGGUCGGUUCGGUUUAUUAUAAAGAAAUGCAGGUCGGGUACACGCAGGUAUUGGAUCAGUUUUAUCAAGAACCGAAGAAUACAACUGCUUUAAACGGGGUGCUAAGUGGAGCCACUUUGACCGUCAGUAGCCAGCGUUGGAUGCAGUUCGUGAAUGCCCGGGCGCAAGGGAGGGUGAUGUUUGUUUUAGAUAUCUCAUCAGAUAUUCGGUUUAAGGUGUCGACGUGGGGCAGUCAUCACCAUCGGAUGCAUGCCAGUUGUGAGGCUGUUGUGGGCUCUGAUGGGUUCAUCUUAGCAACUUAUAGGAACAAGAAAUGUCCUGUUUAUUUCACUUGAUUUGUGUUUGUUUGGUAUUAGAUUGAAGCAUUUUCAUUUCUUUUUAUUUUAUUACACUGUAAUUUUUACCAUUUUUUUUUUCUAAUGCAACACUAUUAUAUUUCUUGCUCA